AUGGAUGACGGAUUAUUGUUGAACUUUAGUACGGAAGCUAGUGCUCCUGCUCCAACAAAGUCAAGUGCCAAAGUCGUUGGUGGUAAAUGGAAAGACCGUCGUAAAGCUCAAUUAUCUGCUAGAGGUAUCAAGAAGAAAGAUAGAUCUAAAUCAGGUGUUAAUGCUCAACCAGUUAAAGAAAAAGAACCAAAAGAAAUAACUACAUCAAAUACUGAAACUAAACCAACUGAAGGUCAACCACAGUCAAGACCUGUUAAGAAAAGAUCUGCUCCUUCUGAAAAUGAAAAUAAAGGUCCUUCAAAACAAGCUAGAUUUACUGAAGGUAGAGGUACAGCAGGUAAAAAUGAUACAUAUGUUUCAUCUUUAUUUACAUCGAAUCCUGAAUUAACCAAAAGAGAUUAUAAUCAAGAAAUGGAAGUUCAUGAACCAUCAAAUGCUCCAUUAGCUGAUGCUACAAGUUUUAAUGGGUUAGGAUUAAAUGAAAUUUUAAAUAAUCAUUUAACCGAACAUUUAUCUUUGAAAAAUCCAACAAAAAUUCAAAGAUCAGUAUUACCAAGAUUACUUACAAGAGAAAGAGAUUUAUUUGUUCAAGCUCAAACAGGUUCAGGUAAAACUUUGGCAUUUGUUUUACCAAUUUUCCAAAAAUUAAUGGAAAUUAAAGAUUUAAAUAGAACAACUGGGAUUUUUGCAUUAAUUUUAGCACCAACAAGAGAAUUAGCUACACAAAUUUAUAGUGUUAUUGAAACUUUAACACGUUGUUGUCAUAGAAUUGUUCCAGGUAUUGUUAUUGGUGGUGAAAAGAAAAAAUCUGAAAAAGCUAGACUAAGAAAAGGUGUAAAUAUUCUUGUUGCUACUCCAGGUAGAUUAGCUGAUCAUAUUGAACACACAGAAAGAUUAGAUUUAUCAAAUAUAAGGUAUGUUGUUCUUGAUGAAGGUGAUAAAUUGAUGGAAUUGGGGUUUGAAGAAACAAUUACUCAAAUUUUGACAGAUAUUGAGAAAACCUCAAGAAUCAAUGCUACUAUAAGAUUAUAUCCAACUUUACCACAUAAAAGAAUUAAUGUUCUUUGUUCUGCAACUAUCAAAGGUAAUGUUAAGAAAUUAGGUGAAAUUUCAUUAAGUGAUGCUGAAAUGGUUAAUAAUAAUUCAGUUCCAGAUGCUGAUGAUUUAGAAAUGGCUGAAAAUGUUGCAGCACCAGAUCAAUUAUUACAACAAGUUUGUGUUGUACCUCCAAAAUUAAGAUUAGUUUCCCUUGCGGCAAUUUUGAAAAAUAUAACAUCAAUAAAGACAAUAGGUUCACGUACAAUGAUUUUCCUUUCAUGUUCAGAUUCUGUUGAUUUCCAUUUUUCAAUUUUUGCUAAAGAUGGUAAAAUUUUCAAUAAAGUAUCUAAAGAAUAUGAAGAUCCAAGAGAUUCUCAAAGUACUGUAUUAACUUCACCUUUAUUAGGAGAAAAUACAUUUGUUUAUAAAUUACAUGGGUCAUUAUCACAACAAACACGUACAGCUACAUUAUCUGCAUUUUCCAAAGCUCCAGAAGAUCAACAUACCAUAUUAUUUUGUACAGAUGUUGCAUCAAGAGGUUUAGAUUUACCUUAUAUAUCAACAGUUAUUGAAUAUGAUCCACCUUUUGCAACAGAAGAUCAUUUACAUAGAAUUGGUAGAACAGCUCGUGCAGGUAAAUCAGGUAAAUCAUUUUUAUUUUUAUUACCAACUGAAGAGAAAUAUUUGGAAUUAAUUGAACAUUAUCAUCCAAAUGGUGUUAAACAUAGAUCUUAUGAAGAUUUAUUAACAACAGGAUUUGGUGUUAAAUGGGAUUUCGAUGCUACAACAUGGCAUUUAAAUAUUGAAAGAUGGUUAUUAGAAGAUGAAACAACUCAUGAAAAAGCUGUAAAGGGGUUUACAAGUCAUAUUAGAGCUUAUGCAACACAUAUAUCAUUAGAAAAAUCAAUUUUUAAUUUAAAAUCAUUACAUUUAGGUCAUUUAGCUAAAAGUUUUGGACUUCGUGAAACUCCAAAGAAAUUAGGUGGUAAAACUUCAAAUAAUGAAGUUGGUAAAAGAAAGAAAGAAAAUCCAAAAGAUAAAAUGUUUAGAAUGGCAAGAAUGACUGCUAAAGCACAAAGUGAUGAAUUUAAUUUUAUGUAA